GUUAGGGAUGCUCGCCGAUAGACACAAAGGACAUGAGGAAGACGUUUGAAACUUCGUGCCGGCAGGGACCGAUGCUGCAUCUAGAGCCUCUGUCCACACGAGGGCAGACAUGGGCAGGCUUUUUCCUCUACAAUGUCAAAAUGAAACCCGUUGAACCACCUCCUAUUUACUGUAAAUGUUUGAAAAGGAAAUCACUGUAGUUCCCCAGCUGUCUUCACCUCCUCCAGCGUCCCAACGAACUUCAACUGACAAAAUCCAGGCACAUGGUGAUGUAUAGCCGGAUUCUUCAUCUCGAGCUCAAUGGGUCAUCGCUAGCUGUGCUCCCACGCUCCGACCGUCACCAGGCUAUGAGGGAUGGUGAAUUCUCUGAAAAAGAAAAUGAGUUCCGGGGCGAGCUGGUGAACCAGCGGUGGACACGAGGCGAGAGGACCAGCAGCCGCUGCCAGGCCUCCCAGAGACUGCAGAGCCGUCGACCAAUCAUGAUGAGUGUAGAGGGUGACGACAAGCGAACUCGCACUCGGUCCAAGGGAAUCAGAGUUCCUAUUGAGCUCGUAGGACAAGAGCUGAGCUGCCCCACCCCUGGAUGCAAUGGCUCUGGCCAUAUCAGUGGGAGAUACUCACGACACAGAAGCAUUCUGGGUUGCCCCAUAGCCAGAAAGCGCCGGCUAGAGGAAGCAGAGGCCGAGCAGGAGCAGGACGCAGAGCAUCCUGCCUCCAAGAGGAGGUCCCACCCCCUGAAACUGGCCCUGGACGAGGGCUUCAGCGCGGGAAGCGACAGCGGCAGCGAGGCCGAGGGCGAGAAGGAUGGAGAGAAAGCAGUAGAGACCAGGGAGGAGGAGGAGGAGGAGGAGGAAGAGAGGGAGGCAGCUGUAGAGGAGGAGAGACAGGAGAUGACAGAAGACCUGACGCAGGAUGGACAGACAAAUGGACAGGAGGAAGAGACACAGAUGGAGGAGGAAGAGGAGAGGGAAGAAGAAGAGACAUAUCAGAAGGAGGAGAACACAUUCGCAGCUGAUGAAGAGGAGUGUGUGAUCAUCGAGCCUGAGCUCGGAGCAGCGCCGCCCGCACCCAAGAAGUGUCAGUCUCACUCCCAGUGCACCGAAGAGGUGGCCAACUCUCUCCUCUACCUCGGCCGAGUCUCCGACAACAGUGCUCCAACUGUGGCCGUUCAGCAGCCUGUUGCUGUGGAGACGGAGGAGGAUGUCGCCGUGGCAGCGGAGCGGGGUGAAGAAGUAAAGGACGAGCAGGAGGGGGACAUAAAUGAGGAGGAGGAGGAGGAGGUGGCACGCAGAGUUCAAGUACUGGAAGAGUCAUCUGUUCUGCAGAAGGAGGCAGCUGAAGAGGAGUUGGAGGAGGAGGAGGAGGAGGAGGAGGUAGAAGAUGAGAAAGAGUGCCCAGAAAGGAGCAACCAUGUGAGCCAGGAGAACCACCAAUAUCUGCCCGAAGAUGUCCGCCAUGAACAGAACAAGGAAGAAGAGGAGGAGGAGGAGGAGGAAGAGAUGGCAACGCCAGCACAGCAAAGGCGGGGCACUCUAGCAGAAGAAGAGGAGGAUGAGGAAGGCGAUGAAGAGGACCACAGGGAGGUGAAUCACAUUCUGCCCAUUUCUGACGCGCCAACUGCCAUCCGCACCAUCACCAGCACCGCCGCAGCUCAGGGAACACACAUCACGGCUGGAGACCACAGGGCCAGUCCUCUGGAGGACUACAACUCACACAGGGCGAGUCCCCUCGAGAACUACAACACCAACAAAUAUGACUCUCAUAAACCUAGCCCGCUUCAAAACUACAAGGCCAGCCCUCCUUUAAGCUACGGCUCUCACAGGGCCAGUCCGCUGGAGGAAUACAUAACCAGCCUUCGAGGCGAGAACUAUAAAAUCCACAAAGCCGCGUCCUCCGCCUCUCCUGACAUCAUCGAGGUGCGAUCAGACAGGUCCGAGGAGAGGGACUUUGACGACGUGGACGGGGAUGACGAGCGCGACGACGAAGACAGCUUGUCGCAGCGCUCCACGGUGACGGACGAGUCCGAGAUGUUUGACAUUACCCGAGGGAACCUGGGCCUGCUGGAGCAAGCCAUCGCCCUGAAGGCAGAGCAGGUGAAGCCGGCCGGGCCCAGAGAGCUGCUCCGCGCCCCAGAUAUCCACCACCAGCGAUACUUCACCAUGGAUGACAGGCCCAAGCACCUGGACGUCAUCCGCAAGAGCUACUUCAGCAAAGGUAGGGCAGAGUACGUUGUCUUCUCCUCAGUUCUGGCCAUGCAUGAAAAUGUGCUGAAGUGUCCAACCCCCGGCUGUACCGGUCAGGGCCAUGUUAACAGCAACCGUAACACACAUCGCAGUCUUUCUGGAUGCCCCAUUGCUGCUGCAGAGAAGCUGUCCAAGGGCCACGAUAAGCAGCUUCUCUCUCAGCCAGGCGGCGAGCACCUCAAAGGAAGUCCCAACGACAGAGUGUUAAGGCCCAUGUGCUUUGUGAAGCAGCUGGAGGUGCCCCAGUAUGGCAGCUACCGGCCCAACAUGGCGCCCGCCACGCCUCGCGCCAACCUUGCCAAGGAGCUGGAGAAGUACUCCAAGGUGUCCUUCGAUUAUGCGGCCUUCGACGCUCAAGUGUUCGGGAAGCGCAUGCUCGCUCCAAAGAUGCCCACCAGCGAAACGUCACCCAAAGCCUUCAAAACUAAGCCCUCGUUCCCCAAGUCCCCAUCACCCAGCCUCAGUCUCCAUGGCUACGGGAAGAGCUCCUCCCUGGCCUACGACUACUCCCAUGAUGCCGAGGCCGCUCACAUGGCUGCCACUGCCAUCCUGAACCUGUCUACACGCUGCUGGGAGAAACCUGAGAACCUCAGCACCAAACCCCCAAACAAGGAAAUAAACAUUGAGGUGGACGAGAACGGCACCCUGGACCUGAGUAUGAAGAAGCCCAUUAAACGAGAGGGCAGUCUGUCCGGCACCAGCCCCGGGGUUCGGUCCCCGGACCCUUCCUCCUCCUCUUCCUCACUCCAUCACGGUGGAAGCAGCGGGAUGACGUCACCAAACCUAAACGCCUACAAGCAGGAGGAGUGGGAGGGACCUCUGGAUUACACCAAACCCAACCGCCAAAGGGAGGAGGAAAUGGACGAGAUGGAGCACACAGGCCAGUCGUUUGUCUCGUCGGACGCAGAGGACUGUGACAUGAUGCAGGACUGUCUGGAAGACAGGAAGUACCCGGGAGAGGUUACGACUCCAAGCUUCAAAGUCAAGUUCCAGCCCAAGGAUAGCAAGAAAGAGCUGCUCUCCUGCCCUACACCAGGUUGUGAUGGCAGUGGUCACAUCACUGGAAACUAUGCGUCCCAUCGCAGUCUGUCUGGGUGUCCUCUCGCUGAUAAGAGCCUUCGGUCCCUCAUGGCGGCCCACACCCCUGAACUCAAAUGCCCCACACUAGGAUGUGACGGCUCGGGUCACAUCACAGGAAACUACUCCUCCCACAGAAGUCUCUCUGGGUGCCCGCGUGCCAAGAAAAGUGGAAUUAAAACUCCUACCAAGGACAACCAGGAGGACUCCGAGCUUUUAAAAUGCCCAGUGCCGGGCUGCGACAGUUUGGGUCACAUCAGUGGGAAGUACGCCACGCACCGCAGCGCCUACGGGUGUCCGCUGGCGGCGCGCAGACAGAAGGAGGGUCACCUGAACGGCACACCCUUCAACUGGAAGGCCUUCAAGACAGAGGGGCCUACCUGUCCCACCCCAGGUUGUGACGGCUCCGGACACGCUAACGGAAGCUUCCUCACACACCGCAGCCUCUCAGGGUGCCCCAGAGCCUUGUUCCCAAAGAAGAAGGCCAAGUACCCCUCAGAGGACUACCUGAGCACCAAGUUCAGGGCCAGUGAUGUUUUGGACAACGAUGAGGACAUCAAGCAGCUCAACAAAGAGAUUAACGACCUCAAUGAAUCCAACAAUGAAAUGGAGGCUGACAUGGUCAACCUGCAGACUCAGAUCUCCUCCAUGGAGAUGAACCUGAAGAGCAUUGAGCACGAGAACAAGCUGAUCGAGGAGCAGAACGAGGCUCUGUUCAUGGAGCUGUCUGGUCUCAGCCGCGCUCUGAUCCGCAGCCUGGCUAAUGUACGCCUGCCACACAUGCAGGGGCCAAUCACGGAGCAGAACUUCGACAGCUACGUGAGCACCCUGACCGACAUGUACACCAACAAGGACUGCUUCCAGAGCCCCGAGAACAAAGCUCUGCUGGAGAGCAUCAACAAAGCUGUGAAAGGCAUCAAAGUCUGAGGCUCGACACACACUUAACACACAGAAUGCACACUGUCCCGAAGCGCUGGCCGGAGCGUGACGGAGGUGGAUAUGGAGGGACGGGGGAGAUGUUGAAGUACUCUACAAUAUAUUGAAGUACGAUUUCAAAACGAUGGAUGGAUUCAAAAACAAAAAAAAGGGAAUUCAGGUUAUUUAAAUAAAUGGCAACUUUAAAAAAAAAAACAUAAACAAAAAAAA